AUGAAGUCCACCUGGGAUAAUCGGAUAGCGGUGCUCGUGGUGCAGGCAUUCUAUAGUCCUGGCCAUACAUCGAGGUGCCACAUCGAUAUAUGGGUUGACCCAGCCAAAGGAGAUGAUGAUUGGACACGUAUUUCAUCGAAAGAGCCUAUAGAUCGCCUUGGUGGAGCAGAAACUAUGAAUUGCAUUGAAAGUUGGCUGGACCGUUGCCUCUCGAAGCACGAGACCUGUCGCAAGUCAUUGACUGGAACACUCAUUGACGAGAAGUCGGAUACCAUUCCAGCCAAGCGAAUUCUUGAUAUAGGCAACUCGCCCAACGAUCGUGUCCGCGUCAUAGAGACAAAUGACAUCGCAUCGCCAUAUUGUGCGCUCUCGCAUUGCUGGGGUCCUCCGGAAAAGAAGCCCAUGUGUCUUGAUAGUGCCAGUAAGACACGUUUGUCGGCCGGUAUAUACGACCAUGAAUUACCCAAAACCUUUCGGGAAGCAAUUUCAAUCACACGAGCAUUAGGCACCAGAUACCUUUGGAUAGAUUGUCUAUGCAUCAUCCAAGACAGUGCGGAGGAUUGGGCAGAGGAGUCGCAACGCAUGGGCCUUAUUUACGAAAGAUCGCUGUUCCGCAUCGCCGCAUGUGGGGCUCGCGAUUCGACUGAAGGAUGCUUCCUUGACAUGUCCAACAUUGGCAAACGAGUCUUAGUUGACGAGGAGAAGGCUGAUGUGCUAGAGAAGUUCCCUCUCCCGGAAAAGGUUCGACCCAAUACAGUUACAGCGUCACCAAAAGGCGAACCGUCACGAUUUGUCUACUUUCGUGGCCAACCCGAACAAAGGGUGGAUCAUGACGGCCCGGACGAUUCCGCUCUUGGUGGACGAGCAUGGGCAUUUCAAGAGUCACUUCUUUCACGGCGCACUGUUAAUUGCCUAGUCAAUAACCUCACCUGGGAAUGUAAAGAGCAAACGCUAGACCAGCGUGAUUGUGACUCAGGACAGAACUAUAUAGCGGUGGACUAUUCUACGUGGGAGUGCAGCAUUGAGAGAUAUACCAGAUGCGAACUCACUUACGAAAGCGACCGUCUAAUUGCGCUCUCGGGCUAUGUCAAUGAGCUCUCUAAAACCCGUCAGGAUAGCUAUGAGUUGGGACUAUGGACUGCUGGCUUGCCCAUGCAAUUGUUAUGGCGGAUAUCGCAUCACGAGAUGGGGAUGAAAGGCAUAGAGAAUCUUCCGUCAUGGACAUGGGCAAGACUUCCAGGAAGUAAAUCAUUCCCACAUCUCAAACUAAGGCCUCCGACAGAUGUCAAAAAGGCGCGAUUGACCAUGCAAUUUAUCAGAAUAAUUGACGCGACGAAGCUCACGCUUCACGGAAGAACGAAUAGGUGCUUCAUUUCCGACAUCAAUCUUCUAGAAGACGAAAUAUAUUAUUCCGCAACUUACGGUCGCCCGGAAUCCAUGUUUAUCGCGGGCAAUGCAUCUAUCUACCCAAUGCGUUUCCUUUGGGCCAAUGAGUCAAAAUCUCGCCUGAUAGGGGCCGUCCAGCUGGAUGAGGACAGUGGCCUUGACGAAUUGUGCUUCGCUCCGGUUCAAGCUUCGAGGCGAAAUAUUACAGAUAGUUUACAUCCGGAAUAUGAAGAGUUUAUUCUUAGCCCUGGGCAUGGACCAGCUAAAUUCCAGCUUACUAUUACACCACCAGAAGGAUCCUCGCAAGCCAAACGAAAUGAAGACGGUUUAACAGAUUGGGUAGGUUAA